UGUUAAUAAAUGCUCUCAUCCAUGUGAGAGAGCCGGGAAAAAAGGGGAUUCAUUUCAUUUUCUUGUUGUCUGUCUUUCUCUAAUCGCUCUAUAUAUCAUCCUUCAUCACUCAUUUAUGCUUCACUUGUUAAUAUUUCUACAACUGGUAGCCAAAAACACCAUUCCUUUGUUCCUCUGAUGAUGACCAUGUGAUGAAUGAUAUAUUCUCUUACUAGCUUCUCCUUCAUUCUGUAAUAAGAUUUUAGAGAGAAAAAUGGGUAGAUCACCGUGCUGUGACAAGAUGGGUUUGAAGAAAGGGCCAUGGACAUCAGAAGAAGAUCAGAAACUUUUGGCUUAUAUUGACGAACAUGGGCAUGGAAGUUGGCGUUCAUUGCCUGAGAAAGCUGGUCUCCAUAGAUGCGGCAAAAGCUGCAGACUAAGAUGGACUAACUACCUAAGACCAGACAUCAAAAGAGGCAAAUUCAACUUGCAAGAAGAGCAAACCAUUAUUCAACUCCACGCUCUCUUAGGAAACAGGUGGUCGGCGAUAGCGACUCAUUUGCCAAAGAGAACAGACAACGAGAUCAAGAACUAUUGGAACACUCAUUUGAAGAAACGGUUAGUUAAAAUGGGGAUAGAUCCAGUGACUCAUAAACCCAAAAACGAGACUCCUCUGUCCACUCUUGGUGGUUUAUCAAAGAACGCAGCUACACUUAGUCACAUGGCUCAAUGGGAAAGUGCUAGGCUUGAAGCUGAAGCAAGGCUAGCUAGAGAAUCAAAGCUUCUUCAUUACCAAACCAAAGUUUCAUCAUCUCAUCAUGAACAUCUAAACAUCAUCUCUUCAGAUCAACAAAAACAACAACAGCUUGAUUCUCCGACAUCUACAGUGUCAUUCUCGGAAGGAAAGACAGAGUUUGUAGGAUCAUCAUCAACGUGUCUAAAUAUGAUCAAAGAAACAGAAAACGAUUGGAUCAGUUCAACGAUUCACGAGUUUGAAGGAGUCGAAGAAGGGCUCACGGGUCUCUUGCUAGGUGGUGGCGGUUCACUAGGCCCGAGUUUCUCCGCUGAUAAAAACGAGACGGCCGGCGAUAGUAGUGGUGGUGGUGGUGGUGAGUGCAACAAUUACUACGAGGAUAACAAAAACUAUUUGGAGAGCAUUUUCAGCUUUGUUGAUCCUUCGCCGUCCGAUUCAACGCCUAUGUUCUGAAUCAAGGGCCGAUGUCUCUCGGAAAUGUUUUUGAUUCUUUUAGUUUCUACUUUUUUUUUU